AUGGCGUCGGCCCUCCAGAAGCAUCAGUUUACGAUCAUACUCAGCGUCUUUCAGGCGUUGUUCUUCGUACUUUUCGGUCUAUUCGCAAAGUACGAUGAAGCUUCUUCCCCAAACACCUCGGGUACCGACGAGAUCUUGCCGCUCGCCAAAUCUUACCCUACUUUCCAAGACACUCAUGUCAUGAUCUUCAUCGGUUUCGGCUUUUUGAUGACCUUUUUGAGGAGAUAUGGCUUCUCUGCCCUCUCGAUCAAUAUGCUGCUAGCGACUUUCACUAUCGAGUACAGUAUCAUUGUUCGUGGAUUCCUUGAGCAUUCCUUCAAGGAGCACGGCCAUUUUGAAAUAGGACUUGAGCAAAUCCUCACCGCUGACUUUGCCGCCGCUGUGGUGUUGAUUUCAAUGGGAGCGAUGCUCGGAAAGCUGUCCCCAGUCCAGUACUUGAUCAUGACGAUCUUCGAAAUCCCCGUUGCUUGCGCUGCUGAACAUUACGUUGUUCAUGAGCUUAAGAUCAACGAUGUUGGUGGUUCAAUCAUCGUGCACGCCUUCGGAGCGUACUUUGGGUUGGCUUGCAGUCGUGCUUUUGCCAAGAAAGAGCAGCGCAGUCACGAGAACGAGGGAUCAAACUACCACUCCGAUACCUUUGCUAUGAUUGUAGCAAAUGUGUGCCUCUCUCCCCUCCACGCCAUUGUCAUUGGAUUUAUCGCCGGUGCCAUCUCCGUCCUUGGCUACCGUUAUCUCACCCCGUACCUCUCGAACAAGCUCGGCUUCCACGACACAUGCGGUGUUCACAAUCUGCACGGUAUGCCCGCCAUCAUUGCCGCCAUCGCAUCGGUUGCCAUGGCUCUUCACUAUGAGCCGAGCCGCUACGGUAGCAGCCUUAACAUCAUCUACCCUGGGAUGAACUCAACAGCUAAUACUGCUGGAUUUGAUCAAACGGUUCAGGCCACCCAUCAAGCUGCUGCCCUGGGCAUUGUUCUACUUGCUGCCAUCGUCAGCGGCUUCAUCACUGGCUUCGUCCUCAAGCUCAAAUUCUGGAACCAGGUGCGCGAGAAGGAGAACUUUGCCGAUGCCGACUACUUCGAAACCCCGUCCGACUACGAUUUUACGACUCGUAUCGCUUCUUGCAUCGAUCACGUCGACAUCACCGAGAGGACCCCGCUGCAGAAGCAAGUA